CAUAAUCGUCCGUACCGCACCUGAAACGAAGAAACCGAACCAAAAGAAACCAUAUUUUCCCUUCGUUUUUUUCACCAAAAUUCAGACGAAGAAAUACAGAAGCUGACGCUCCAUCCAAAACUCGUCGCUGAAUCACUAUGUUCGCCAAGUUCUUCAACAAAUCUUCACAGCAACCACCAAAUUCUCAGGCAAGGGUCAAACAAGCGGAUUUGGAUCCGCGUGUUGUUGUUCACUAUGGGAUCCCGUCUACUUCGUCCAUUCUCGCAGUAGAUCGCACGCAAAGCCUGUUGGCAAUCGGAACACUGGAUGGUAGGAUAAAAGUGAUCGGUGGUGAUAAUAUCGAAGGGCUUCUUACAUCUCCAAAGCCACUUCCCUUUAAAAACUUAGAGUUCCUGCAAAAUCAGGGUUUUCUAGCCAGUGUCUCAAGUGAAAAUGAAAUUCAGGUUUGGGAUUUGGAACAGAGGCGAAUGGCUUCUUCUUUACAGUGGGAAUGCAAUAUAACUUCAUUCUCUGUUAUAUAUGGCACUAAUUACAUGUAUAUUGGAAGUGAAUAUGCAAUGGUCUCUGUGUUGAAGUAUGAUGUUGAAGAUGGAAGAAUAAAAUUACUGCCGUACUAUAUUACUGCAAAUUUCAUAGCCGAAGCAGCUGGAAUGUCAGUACCUGAUCAUCUUUCUGUUGUCGGAGUUCUCCAUCAACCUGGUUCUCUGGGAAACAGAUUGGUAAUGGCAUAUGAGAAUGGGCUCAUCAUUAUUUGGGAUGCUUCCGAGGACCGAGUUGUUCUUGUUAGAGGUUCCAAGGACCUGAAAGUGAAGGAAAAGGCAGUUACAAAUUCUCCAGAGGACACAACAAAGGAGCUUUCUGAUGCUACAGAAGAAAGCAAGCAGGUGGAGAAAGAAAUAAGCUCUCUUUGUUGGGUAUCUGACAAUGGGUCGAUUCUUGCCGUUGGCUAUGUAGAUGGUGAUAUAAUGCUUUGGGACUUAUCAACUGCUGCCUCUACCAAGGAUCAGAAAUCCGAAAAAUUAGAUAACAAUGUUGCAAAGCUACAGUUAUCAUCAGGUGAUAGAAGACUCCCUGUCAUUGUUUUACACUGGUCUGCAAAUAGGUUAGAUAAUCAUCAUAGGGGCCAACUCUUUGUCUAUGGUGGUGAUGACAUUGGAUCUCAAGAAGUUCUGACGGUUCUGAGCCUUGAUUGGUCUUCAGGAGUAGAAAGCCUGAAAUGCGUUGGCCGUACAGACCUUAAACUUAAUGGUUCAUUUGCGGAUUUAGUUUUGUUACCGACUGCUGGUGCAACGGAGAAUAGUGGCACAUUGCUAUUUGUUUUGACAAAUCAGGGACAACUGCAUGUCUAUGACAAGGCUUGCUUGUUGGCCUUAAUGUCUCAGCAAAAGGAGAAGACUGCUGUUCCAGCAGUGCAGUAUCCUGUGUUCUUACCCACUAUUGAACCAUAUAUGACAGUUGCAAAGCUUUCUCUGGUGCAUAGAGAUGAGGAAUACUCCUCAGUUUUUUCUAAGAAAUUCUUAGUUGGAAAGAUUAACGUGGAAGAUGCUUCAACAACUGGUGGUAAAAAGUGGCCUUUGACCGGUGGUAUUCCCAGCCAGCUUUGUACUGCUGAAGAUUAUCACGUCGAGAGAUUUUAUAUAGCAGGAUACCAAGAUGGAUCAGUUCGGAUAUGGGAUGCCACAUAUCCAGCUCUCUCACUUAUCUGUGAUUUAGGACCCUGAGGUUGGUAUACUAAUAAACUUCAGAAAUCAUUUUAUCUUGUUUAAUAUGAAUGGAAGGUAAAAGGAAUCAGAUCUACGGGCGCAAGUGCAAAGGUCUCAGCAUUGGAUUUCUGUUCUGUUACUAUAGGGCUAGCUGUUGGUGACGAUAGCGGUCUGGUUCGUCUUUAUAACCUAAUAGGUGGUUCAGAAGAGACCAGAGUGCACUUUGUGACAAAAACUGAUAAGGAAGUUAAAAAUUUACAUCAAGGAAAGGGGCUUCAGUGCACGGCCAUGUUUUCUAUUCUUGAUUCACCUAUAUGCAUCCUACAAUAUGCAAACUUUGGAGGCCGACUUGCUGUGGGUUUUGAAUGUGGCCGGGUUGCGAUGCUUGAUAUCAGUACAAUGUCAGUUUUGUUUCUUUCAGACAGUGUAUCCAACUCAAGUUCCCCAGUCACCUGUCUGGCUGUAAAAUCAUUUUCAGAUACCAGUAACUCAUCACAUUGUCCAGAGGACUCUGCGUCCAAGAAUUUGGAAGAUCCUGGAAAUGGGUUGAUAAUCGUUAUGACUAGAAAUGCGCAUAUUGUUGUUAUAGACGGUGCCUCUGGCGAUAUGGUUAGCUCUUGGACUAUGAAUUCGAAAAAGGAGCUCACUGCGGUUUCAAUGUACAUUUUUGAGGAUGGUGAUUUUUUAUGUGAUGUUCCAAGUGCAAAGCAAUCGUUGGACGUUUCUCAGAUAACUGAAGCUAAAAAGGAUCAUGCACAAAAAGAUGCCGACCCUGCAAGCACGCAGCCGGAAGUUGAGCAGGACACCACUAGCAAAACUGCAUAUUUUGUGCAGAGAUCAACGAACACAACUGUUUUACUUUGUUGUGAUAAUGCAUUACAGAUGUGCUCAUUGAAGUCUUUGAUUGAGGGUGACUGUAACUCCACUCAGAAGGUGGACCUUGCAAAACCAUGUUGCUGGACUACAGCCUUCAACAAAGACGGGAAAGAUGGUGGACUGGUUGUAUUCUAUCAGACAGGAGUUUUCGAAAUAAGGUCUUUUCCAAAUCUUGAAGUGGUGGGAGGAUUUUCAUUAAUGUCAAUUCUGAGAUGGAACUUCAAGACCAACAUGGACAAGACAAUCUGCUCCUCUGAUCGUGGGCAAAUUAUUCUGGUAAAUGGGAGUGAAUUAGCUUUUGUAUCUCUUUUGUCCCAUGAAAAUGACUUCAGGAUUCCUGAAACGUUGCCUUGUCUUCACGAUAAAGUGAUUGCAGCUGCUACGGAUGUCAUUGCUAGUUUAUCUGUUAGCCAGAAACAGCCACAGGUUGGUGUCCCUGGUAUUUUAGGCGGUAUCAUCAAGGGCUUAAAAGCGGGUAAAGCGGAACAAGACAUGCACCCAGCAAAUCAUGAGAAGUAUUGUGAGAAUUUAGAGAGCUUAUUUUCAAGUCCGCCGUUUUUAAAACCUUCCCAAGAUGGGAAGGAUGAUCAAGAAAUUCUGAAACUUCAUAUAGACGAUCUUGUAAUUGACGGACCUCUCAUAAUUGAUGGACCUGCUCCCCCUUCUUCAAUUGAGAAGAACAAGAAUGAAAAGAAAGACAAGGGAACAGAGAAGGAAAGAUUAUUUGAAGGCGCGACAAGUGAUACAAAACCAAAAAUGAGGACAGCUGAAGAAAUCAAGGCUAAAUAUAGAGACACUGGGGAUGUGUCUGCGGGUGCAGCAGCGGCACUUGCGAGAGAUAAGCUUGCAGAACGCCAGGAAAAACUUGAGAAACUCAGCCAAAACUCAGAAGAACUGCGAAGCGGAGCUGAGGACUUCGCGUCAAUGGCAAGGGAGCUCGCCAAGAGAAUGGAAAAUCGUAAAUGGUGGCAAAUAUGACGAGCUAACAUCAAUCGGUUACCAGUGCUUAUACGUAUUCAUCAAGAUUUAUCUGAAUCUUGCUCUUCCGGUUCAAGAAAGGUACCCUGAUUGAGCGUUCUACUAUGCACAUUUUAAUUUUUUAUUUUCUCACGUUCUACUGAUGCAUUUGAUCCAGCACUGCCACAAUCUGUAUUUUUUGUACAUAAAUUGCUCAUAUUUUUCUUAUAUUGUGUCUAUCCCUGUAAAUCAUUGCUAUCUUUUCUUCGGGGUUCUGGAAUUUGUAUCAAAUUAACAUGCUAAAAUGUUCGGGUUCGGUUUGGUUUUGUGUUCUUGAACAAGUUGAAUCAGGAUCAACUAGGACAUAAAUAAAGCAUUGAGUCAAACUCU